GGCUGUCUUUACGAUGCAACAGCAGCAGCGCGAGAGCAGCAGCGCGAGCGCCUCCGUCACCUGCUGAUUACCAUGUGCACGCGGGGAAGUUACACAACAGUUUAUGAGGAAUCUGUUCAGAAGUGAGGAGGAAAGUGAGCGAGGCAGCGCGCGGAUGAGCGGGUGAAGCUCCGGAGCGGAUAAUAAUCGAUAUGGAGCCCGUGGGCAAAGAUGUGAAGACUAAUCCGGCCGCCUCUGCUAAUAUUGUGUCUCAGAUACUGUUCUGCUGGCUGAACCCCCUGUUUCGCAUUGGAUACAAACGAAAACUUGAGGAAGAUGACAUGUUUAAAGUGCUUCCUGAGGACGAGUCGAAGAGACUGGGAGGGGAACUUCAGAGCUACUGGGACCAGGAAGUGCAGUCAGCAACCAAAGAACUCAGAACUCCAAAACUCACCAAAGCCAUUAUCAGGUGCUACUGGAAGUCUUACUCCAUUUUGGGCGUAUUUACACUUAUUGAGGAACUUAUAAAGUUGGUGCAGCCAGUGUUUCUAGGAAAACUGAUCCGGUACUUUGAGAACUAUGACACUGAUGAUAUGGCUGCACUGUAUGAGGCGUAUGGUUAUGCUGCUGGAGUGUCUUGCUGUACACUUGGUUUAGCCCUGUUGCACCAUCUCUACUUCUACCACGUCCAAAGAGCCGGCAUGAAGAUACGAAUUGCUAUGUGCCACAUGAUCUACAAGAAGGCUUUGUGCCUUAGCAGUGUCGCUAUGGGACAGACCACUACAGGACAGAUUGUCAACCUGUUGUCCAAUGAUGUCAACAAGUUUGAUGAGGUGACGAUUUUCUUGCAUUUUCUGUGGGUGGGCCCACUGCAAGCGGCAGCUGUUAUUGGCCUUCUGUGGCAAGAGAUCGGAGCAUCGUGCCUGGCGGGCAUGGCAGUGCUCGUCAUUUUGAUGCCCCUACAAACAGUGUUUGGACGACUUUUCUCCAAGUUCAGGAGCAAAACAGCAGCCCUGACUGACAGCAGAAUACGCACAAUGAAUGAAGUGGUGUCUGGAAUUCGAAUCAUUAAGAUGUACGCAUGGGAAAAGCCCUUUGCAGCCUUGGUCAAUGAUGUCAGAAAGAAAGAGAUUUCCAAGAUCAUGAGCAGCUCCUACCUGCGUGGACUGAACAUGGCCUCUUUCUUUUCGGCAAGCAAGAUUAUCGUGUUUGUGACGUUCGCCGUGUACGUGCUGGUGGGGAACAAGAUGUCAGCCAGCCGCGUGUUUGUAGCGGUGUCUCUGUACAGCGCCGUCCGCCUCACCGUCACGCUGUUCUUCCCCGCGGCCAUCGAGAAAGUGUCAGAGGCCGGCGUCAGCAUCACCAGGAUUAAGAAAUUCCUUUUGCUGGAUGAGUUGGUUAAACAUAGUGUGCCUUUACUUCAAGAGGAGAAAAAGGAAGCAUCCGUUGAGAUCCAUGAUCUCAUCUGCUACUGGGACAAGAGCCUGGAUGCUCCAACUCUGCAAAACGUGUCCUUCACUGUAAAGCCUGGGAUGCUGCUUGCUGUAAUUGGCCCAGUUGGGGCAGGAAAGUCCUCCCUGCUCAGCACAAUUCUGGGGGAGCUGCCUCAGGACAAAGGGGUGGUUAAGGUCAGAGGGGAUCUGACUUAUGCGUCGCAGCAGCCCUGCGUGUUUCCAGGGACAAUCCGCAGCAACAUCCUGUUCGGGAAGGAGUUGCAGCCCCAGAGAUAUGAGAAAGUUCUGAGGGCCUGUGCUUUGAAAAGGGAUAUGGAGCUGCUCCCCGAGGGAGAUCUGACUGUCAUUGGGGACCGCGGGGCAACUCUAAGCGGAGGACAGAAAGCUCGGGUUAACCUGGCCAGGGCUGUGUAUCAAGAUGCUGAUAUUUACCUCCUGGAUGACCCUCUGAGUGCAGUGGAUGCAGAAGUGGGCAGACAUCUGUUUGAGCAGUGUAUCUGUGGUGUUUUGAAGAAGAAGCCGAGGAUCCUUGUUACUCAUCAGCUUCAGUACUUAAAAGCAGCUGACCAUAUUCUGGUUUUAAAGGAGGGUCACAUGGUGGCACGGGGCACAUACUCUGAGCUGCUGCGUUCAGGUGUGGACUUCGCGUCUCUGCUGAAGAAGGAUGAGGAAGAGGAGCAGCAGACUGUAGGGACAGUAAUCUCCUCCCGCACUCGCACCCUCUCGCAGAACUCUGUCCGCUCGCGCACAUCUUCACUAAUGUCCGAAAAAGACGACGGCGAGCAGCUACCAGCAGAACCGGUCCAAACUCUUGCAGAGGAGACCCGCUCUGAGGGAAAUAUAGGAUUCGGCAUGUAUCUGAGAUACUUCACUGCUGGAAUCAGCGUUCUGGUUCUGCUCGGUCUCGUACUGCUCAACCUACUCGCACAGACUGCGUAUAUUCUUCAAGACUGGUGGCUCGCUUAUUGGGCUUCAGAACAGGAGAAACUGGAUUCCAUGAACAUCACUGUUAACCACACUGUUACUGAAGAACUCUCUCUGGAUUUCUACCUUGGCAUUUAUGCAGGUUUGACUGUGGCAACCCUCAUAUUCGGCUUCAUGCGCAGUCUGCUGAUGUUUAACGCGAUGGUCCGUUCAGCCCAGACGCUCCACAACCGCAUGUUUAACUGCAUCCUCAGGACCCCUGUCCGCUUCUUCGAUGUUAACCCAAUCGGAAGAAUUCUCAACCGCUUCUCUAAAGACAUCGGACAAGUAGACUCCUCACUUCCUUGGACGUUUGUGGACUUUAUUCAAGUGUUUUUGCAGAUCAUAGGUGUCAUCGCUGUGGCUGCUUCAGUCAUCCCGUGGAUUCUGAUCCCUGUGCUGCCACUUCUUAUAGUCUUCCUGUUCCUCCGGCGCUACUUUCUGCAGACCUCACGUGACGUCAAGCGCCUUGAAUCCACUACUCGCAGUCCUGUGUUUUCCCACCUCUCAUCCUCUCUGCAAGGCCUUUGGACAAUUCGUGCCUUCAAGGCUGAGGAAAGGUUCCAGCAAACGUUUGAUGCCCAUCAGGAUCUCCACUCAGAGGCUUGGUUCCUGUUUCUGACCACGUCACGCUGGUUUGCUGUGCGUUUAGAUGGAAUGUGUUCCAUUUUUGUCACCAUCACUGCCUUCGGAUGCCUUCUUUUGAGACAGAAUCUGGAGGCAGGUGCUGUGGGUCUGGCCUUGUCUUAUGCAGUCACUUUAAUGGGAAUGUUCCAGUGGGGUGUGAGACAGAGUGCUGAAGUAGAGAACAUGAUGACCUCUGUGGAAAGAGUGAUGGAAUACACAGAGCUUGAGAAUGAAGCACCAUGGGAAACGCAGGUUCGGCCUCCUCCCGAGUGGCCAAAUAAGGGCUUGAUCACAUUUGACCAGGUCAAUUUCUCCUACAGCUCUGAUGGGCCUGUGGUUCUCAAAAACAUGUCCGCCAUGAUAAGACCCAAAGAAAAGGUGGGAAUCGUGGGUAGGACUGGUGCUGGAAAAAGUUCUCUGAUUUCUGCUCUGUUCCGGCUGGCUGAGCCGGAGGGUAAGAUCUAUGUGGAUGGUGUGUUGACCUCUGAGAUAGGUCUACACGAUCUUCGGCAGAAAAUGUCCAUCAUCCCGCAGGAUCCUGUGUUAUUCACCGGCACCAUGAGAAAGAACCUGGAUCCUUUCAACCAGCAUUCAGACGAGGCCUUGUGGAAUGCUCUGGAGGAGGUACAGCUGAAGUUUGUGGUGGAAGAGUUGCCCAGUAAGCUGGAGACGGUUCUGGCUGAAUCCGGUUCGAACUUCAGCGUUGGCCAGCGGCAGCUUGUGUGUCUCGCCAGAGCCGUUCUGAGAAAGAACCGCAUCCUCAUAAUUGACGAGGCCACAGCCAACGUAGAUCCGAGAACAGAUGAGCUCAUUCAGAAGACCAUCCGCGAGAAGUUCCAGGAGUGCACUGUGCUCACCAUUGCCCACAGACUGAACACGAUCAUAGACAGUGAUCGCAUAUUGGUUCUCGAUGCAGGCCAGAUCCAUGAGUAUGAUGAACCUCAUGUCCUGCUCCAGAACCCGGAAGGAAUUUUCUACAAGAUGGUGCAACAGACAGGAAAGGCCGAAGCAGCCUCUUUAAAACAACUAGCAAAACAGGCCUAUAUGAACAGCAGCCGACCCAACCUGGCCAACGGCCUCAGCCCGAGCAAAGAGGCUAGCCUGGUUAUCUUCGAGACGGCCCUGUAAAAACCUGUAGGUGGAAAGGCUAUCAAAAUGUCUCUGCCUGAAGCUAGCCCUCAUCACAGAUGUCUUGGAGCUGAGUCCAAGGUGAAGACGUCUGUGCCCCGUCCAACUGUACAAAACGGAGCGGAGGUGAGGUGAGGGGAUGAGCUGGGCCUGCACAUAUCCAAUGGACACAAGCUCAGUGCUGGACACACCAACACACACUGUAAUACACGUUUAUUAUGGCGCUCGUGAGGCGACUGUGUAAUAAGCAUCAUCCAGGAGAGUGAUAGAUCAUUACUGCAGUAGUGAUUUCUGUAUAUUAUUUUUGGUUUGUGCCCUCAAAAUCUGUCUGGGGUCAUCUUUUGAAUGUAUAACGCUGUGGUCUAUAGUAUGUGCCUUAUAAAGUGCUAUGGUUAUGAGAUUUCGUGUAGCUGACGUUCUCAGGGAGCUUCUAUACGGAGGCAGACAGUAGCCUCAGCCACUUACCUGAACGCUCCUUACCUGAAGUUAUGCUGCUGCCUUUAAUUCCUAGACGAUAUAAUUUAUAGAAAUGCUGGAUGUUUUUGUAUUGAAUUAUUUAUAAGCAGAAUAUUAUUGUUAUAGAUAUAUAUGUAUAUUUUUUACAUUUCUUUCGUAGAAAGGUAGCAUCACACUCAGCAUGCCACAAGUCAUGGGAUAACAAUCAUGGGAUAGGAAUGUCCAUGUCCAUAUCCAUAUCCGUUUAAGGUGUGAAGUGUUCUUUUGUGAGUGGUUGUGAACUGAACACUGGCCAGUGUGCUCAUGGCAAGGCGACAUGACAUUAUUACGAAUUAUGGCAGUUGCAUUGGGAGAGGCCUAUUGGAGAUCGAGUGAGGUUGUGCUGGCCUUUUUUUAAUCGCUUAAUCCCCAGUGUGUGGUGUGAAUUGGGAAAUGCAUCAUUACCAGAAGGCAUUACCACCCACAGUGAACAGCACAGCACAGCGCACAUAGUGAAGUGGGUGUAGUAGUAAUGAUUGUGACUGCCAGCCUCUAGCUCAAACAGACAAUGCAAUUCAUAAAUCACAUUUAAUCACAAUCACACAGGUAAAAACGUCAUGAGACAUUGUAUUAAUCCCUUGUCCCAUGACAUUUGGCAUGUUGAUAUAUAUUAGCCAAAACCAAAUAACUGCAAUAUGAUGUUUCAACUGAGUUCAACUCGUCUUGUGGCCUUACAACUGAACGAAUGUAAAAUGUUUAGUAAGAGCUUUAGGAGAUUUCAGGCCGUUGUAGAAGUUGAAGAUCUUUCCUUGCACACUCCAUCUUUACCUUUACUACAGUUAAUCAUCUUAAAUUAAUCUUUAAUCUUCAGUUAUGAUAAAUAUGCUGACAUUAAGCAUUUUAUAUGUAUGCAAUUCUAGCUAAAUUACAAUAACAUUUUAUCCUAUAGUGCAUUCGUCUGUAUCUGCACACGUCUCACAUCAGUGUUGUUCAGGAUGCAGUUUUCUUUAAAUUGUGAAAAGCAGAUUAUAGACAUAUUGUGUUAAUCCUCUGGUGGUAAUGAACUCACUGUCACAUCCAGUGUUUCAGUGAUUCUGGAUGUUUCUGUUAAUAUCUUUGCAAUAAUUCUGCACUGUUAAAAAAAACUUAUCUUCUGCCUCUAGUUGUGUUUUUAAUGAGUAACAAACAAGUACAAAAAAAUUGUGUUUUUGACAAUAGUGUACAAAACCAUGCAGUCAAACCUUUAUUCAGGUCAAUAUUUUUUAAGACAUUAACAUAUACCAAAAAUAUAAGAAAUGGCACUUAAUUUUAUGUAUUAUUUGUUGGUUUAACUUAACUCAGUCAUUAUUUAGUUUUGAUUCAGUUUAGUGGUAAAGACUUAACCUAAGUUUAUUCAACUCAAAUCUACAUAAUGAUUUGACUGAGUUAAGUUGAAUCAGCAUAACAUGUAGUUUCUUUACAACUUAAAGGAGAACUUUGGUGUAAAAUGGACUCUGGUUGUAGUUAAACAUGAUCAAGAGUACUAGUGUUUGUUUAAGAUUUCUGAGAUUCAGUAAUUUUAUGCUUUUUGUCCAGCACUUUUUACAAUGGGUGGUUCAGGGCAUUUACUUGCCAAUGCCAAUUUUUACAGCGUUAUCCAGCUCAAAGUAGCUCCACACCUCAUUGGUAGAAUCCGGAGAGCCCUGACUUAAAACGAGGUAUUAAUUACCUAAAAAGUGCAGAAGAAGCUUAUUAAAACCCACAAUUUACAACCUAAAGCAUGGGUACAUGCCUGAAUUUAAAUGUCAGGGCUCUCCCGAUUUUACCAAUGAGGUGUGGAGCUACCUUGAGCCUGGAUAACAGUGUUAAAGUGAUUUAUCUGCCCGAAGCACACUUUACAAUGGGCGCUGGGCAAAAAGCACAAAAUUACUGGAUCUCAGAAAGCUGCAGGAGAGUGGAGGUGUGCUAUUCAACAAGGGUAAAUACACUUUAUCAUGUUUUACUACACUCAAAGUAAAUUUUACACCAGAGUUCCACUUUAACAGAGCAAAAGCUAAAUAAUGACUUGACUUAGCUAAGUAGAAUAAACUAUAUUAUUAACAUAGUUAGUAAAUAUAUAGGGGUAACAAAAGAAUUGAAUUGGUGGCUUCGGGGAUUUGUCCUAUUCCUGCUAUCUGUAAUUGUUAUUUAACUGUGUGUCCAUCUGUCUUUUGUUUAAAAAUCAGUAAGGAUCGAGUUGUAGAAGACUUUAAAAGAGGCUUCUAAUUAAACGUGUUUUUUCUUUGAGGCAAAGGAAUAAUCGUGUGGACGUAAUGGAAAUCUCAACCCUUAUUUAUAGCCUUGUAACUAUAGAUUUGAGUUGCGUACGAUCUUGGAAAGCAUGCAUUGGAAAGAGCAGACUCUACAGAUUGAGGAAAUGAUUAAACAGUAUUUCUGUGCUGUGCUAUCACAGAGAUAUUAAUAGAAACAUUCAGGCAGUCAGUGAGUUCAUGGAAACCACAGGGUUAAAGUUAUAAAUCUAACCUGAAAGUCAGUAAUACAAACACUGCGCAUCCUUACAUAACCAAGACUGAUGGUGAUCCUGCACUGUUCACCAUCACUGUUAGAUAAAAAACUUUCAUCUCAUUUCUGGUUUACACUUUUUUCUUUUUGACACAAUUUUGACUUCAUUUCUUUGUAUUGUAUAAGAAUUUCAGGAUGAAUGGACCAAUAGAAAUGCUCCAUAACUGUUUGUGUAUAUUUUUGUACUUUGAUUCCCUUUAAAAAGUAAAAGCUUCUCCUUUACAUUGUUAAUAUUUUAACAAUGUGGCACUGUUGUUAUAUUUAGUGAUAAAGACAAUGCUGUAUGAAAGUAAAGAAUCUGAUGUUUAUAAUCAUUUUGCAGAUAUAGAACAUUAUCUGUACUGUUUAAACUGUGGAGAUUUUCCUGUAAUAUAAUUUAAACAGAUUUUAUAGUUUGUGUCUGAACUGUUUAGUGUUUUCUCUGCUCCCAAAUCACCUGCUCCAACUCCUCUGCUUAUUAACAGUCUUUUACUGAGUUGUGUUUGUGUGUGUGUUUGUGUAUAUUUGUGUGUUUGUUUGUUUGUUAGGGCUGCAAUGAUUAGUCAAUAUAAUCGACAAUGUCGAUUAUUUAAAUUUGUCGACUACAAAUUUUAUUGUUGAUUAAUCGUAAAUUUGUAACAGUACCACGUUACACAAAGUGCUGGGGACAGAAGCAGUUUACAGUCAACUUCGUCUGUGUCUAUAAAAGUGCCCAAAUACAAAAAAAAUACAUAUUUAAUCACUAUUUAUCAUUUAACAUUUAGACAUUUAAAUGCCUUUUAAAUCUCAUGUUCAGCUGUUUCUAUCGUUUUUAGAGAUGGAGAACGUGACAGAAAUAAUCGUUGAAUAAUCGACUAAUCGGAAAAAUUAUCAGAUUAUUCGACUACCAAAAUAAUUAUUGUUUGCAGCCCUUGUGUGUGUGUGUGUGUUUUUUUUGUGUGCUUGUUUGUGUGAGUACUCUAACUACUCUGCUUACUAUCAGUCUUAAUAGUCACUCUGUUUGCGUGUGUUUGCGCAUGUGCCUGUUUGUGAGUUUGUGUGCGUGCGCAUGUGUGUGUGUGUGUAUGUAUAUGUGUAUGUAUGUGUUAAAGCAGGGAAAGCACUUAAAUGUGCAGGGCAGUGGGCCUUAAGGACAAGGAUUAAGAAACACUAUUAUUUAGGUUCUCCGCUGUGCUCAUGCUCAGUGUUUCUGUAUAAAGUCUGUUGAUUGGAUGGUUUUGUUAGAGAUUAUUAGAGAUUGUUGGUGAUUGUUAGAGAUUAUUAUUGAUUAUUAGUGAUUGAUAGAGAUUAUUGUGAAACGUGAGCUUUAAAGGGAUGUCAGAUAUGAACAUGUACAGAUGUUUGUGCCUUUAUUAUGAGCUUGUUAGCUCAGCUGUUGCACUACCAGCACCUUAGACCCUGUUUACACCUGAUCACUUCAUGCAUCCUGAUGAAGAUGAAGAUUAAGCCACAAAAAUGCAAGUUUAUUUGCAGCCAGGACACAUUUAUACAGAUACAAAUCUGUUUAAUCAGUCUAACCACUUUAGAAUGUGAUCUGAGAUGCAUUUAAUCUGCAGUGUAAACACAUCUCUACAACAACCAAGACUCCUCCCUGAAUUACUAAAAAGAAUCAAAAGAAACAAUUGCUUCACAAUGAGCUGAUUUGCAUUUUCCCUCCCACACACCAAUCAGAUUCCAGGCUGUCUAUACGCCUAUAAGCGUAAGUGCAUGUAAAGUGACCAGGUGUAAACGGAGUCUUCAAUCUUACUUGAAUAAGACCAGAUUGUUUUUAUUGAUGAUUUGAAUUUUUUGUUUGUUUUUUCCUUUCUUUUAAUUUUGUUUUUGUGUUUUUUGUGGGAUAACUGUUUUUUGUUUCAGAAAUCUGAUUAUUUUCCAGUAGUACAAUUCAAUUCUGUUAAAGUUCACAAAUGUUCUGAUGUACACAAUUACUUACAAAUGUAUUUAAACAAUAUAAAAACUUUUAUUUGUGUUUAAAAUAAACCAUAAGUGAGAGUUAAACUGAAUCCUGAAGCAGCUCACUUUAAAACACAACUGAAAAAUAAAAAUAUCAGUUUUCAUGA